AUGGAGCGAAUGGACUUCUUCGCCAGACGCGAUGAGAUAACCAAGGAAAGGUGCCGUCUACUACGAGAAAAGAAUGGAUACGUCCCCGGGGCCCAUAGGGAGGAAGACAGCAUCCGAAAUAAAGACAAGAAGCUCGACAAGACCAAGAAAAUACACCAAGAGAAGCUGGACCUCUGGCUCGACUUCACAGCAGAUCCAAGCAAUAAGUUCAAACAUUACAAAACUGUUCCCGGAUGUUCCCCUCCGAGCCAUGAUGUGGUUAAGGAAUUCAUUCGCUGGUGUGUGAGUUCUGCUACAGGCAGACUCAGCGAAGGCAAACAGCCAACUGUUAGAACUGUCAAAGCGUGGGCGGAACGAUUCUUUGGGGGAUUCAAAGAGAGCACCAAAACGGAGGUACCCCAGAAGGAUAGAAAAGAAGUAUAUGAUUGGAUAAAAAAUACAUUGACAGCAGAGGGCAUUGUCGUGGACCAGAAAAAGCAGAAGUACAACUUCAAGAGGGAUGACUUUUUGAAAGUUGUCGCCUCAAUUUGGCAAGCUGAUCAUCAAAAGUUUAUUCCCGGGCUGACAAAGGUCCUCAUACUAUUUGCUCUUCAAUUAUACCUUUUCACGGGGGCAAGAGUCGGAACUUUUAUGCCUUCUGAUGAGGAUAAACACUACAAAGGCCUUCGACACGAAGACAUCAAGUUGGUUCUAUUUCCUUCAUCCACCGCUCCAUGGGAGGUUGGAUGGAGAGUCAACCAGAAAUGGCUCAAGAAUAAUCGUGAUGAAAAGUACACAGUGUUCGGAAUCGGUAUCCGUGACAGCAACAAACCUCAAUUCGCAUCUGGCCAACUUCUCCUCGCACUCGCACUUGCACAUGGCGCGCUUUUUGGUAUAGAGACUGUUUCAGAUUUGGAAGAAUUUGAUCUAUCGAAUGGAGAGAUCCCAUUAGAAUGGAAGGAAAGUUUUAAGACGAAACCGAUUUUCCGGAAUGUCACAGCCGACGGGCCUCAAGAAAUUCCUCUUACGAACAAAGAGUUUUCCUCCUACCUACACCAGAUCUUUGAUGCAGCUGGCUACAGUGAACAUCCGACAAUACACUUUUUGCGAAGGAACCUGGCCAAGGAGGUCGAAGCAAGGUAUGGCUCUGCGCCCGUCUCACAAAUCCUGGCGCAUCGGGAUCCAAAAACAUUCCCAGAUCACUAUCAAGCCCAUUGCUCCUCUAUAGACACAGUCUCGGCCGUUCUUGAUGAGAAAGGUGAAACGAAACACAUUGAGUACUUCCAGGGCUACACUCAAUUUUGUGUGCCUGGUCUUCCUGUUAAUUUGCCUGCUCACAUCGAGGAAAGCAUUUUGAUGCUACCUGAAAUGGUGGAACUGAGAAGCCGCAUCGGAGAUCUCAGAAAGUGCAAUAAUCAGACGGAUCUUCGGGACGCGAAGCUGCGUUACAGGAACGCAUUGGUUCGGCAACGCCGGUUUAAACUCAAAAGGUAUCAAACUUCUUGGGUACAGGCGAGAAGGGAUCAAAAAAUCCUCAACCGUGGCAAAGAGCAGCCGGUCUCAGUGACAAAUGAUGUUUGUAUACGUGCUCAGAGUUUGAUCAUGCCUGAAAUUGCGCGAAUCGCAACAGCGAUGUCCCGAACCACUGAGUUGUCCUUCGAAGAGAAAAUCAUGUUCGUCAAAGACUUACAGACUCAAUGCUUCCGCGAUUUUGAUGUGGUCUACCUUCCCAAUGAAAGUCCAAUUCAUAGUGCCUGUCCGGCGAAAGCCUGCCAGGUCAUCAUUACAAGUGGCAACCUGAGGCAACACAUCGAAGAACAGCACAUGUGUCGGCUCCAGUGGCCUACAACAAAGCCAGUAUGCGGUUGUGCCCAAGAAUUCGACAAUGAGCGUGACCUUCGACAUCAUUUGCACGACAUCCACGGGCUCAACAAAGCUAUUUGGUCUAGUCCAAAGCUUCCGAGGAAGAGAAAGCGUGCCUUCAAGACGGAGCUGGAAGCACAAAGAUCUUCGACAGAGCUAGAGGAGGAGCGACCCAAAAGGUUGCGCUUUUACCCUCAUCCGCCUCCGCGUCACGAACAGCAGCCAGACCAGAUAUUUGUGCCCAUUUCUGCAUCGCUUUCGUACGUUGAGGAACAUCCCGAACGAUAUUACUGUUCGGAACUCAGUGAUACUCCAAGUGAAAGCAGUAGAAGUAGCGCAGCUGCAUCAUACUUUCCCGCAGCAGAUUCUUCACUCAGCUCCCCGCCAACAACUCCCGGUCUUGAAGUCAUUGACCCUCGGAUCCUCAAGCCAAUUGAACUUCGCAUGGGAGAUGAUUGCGAGCCUUACAACCAAGCAACUGUUCAGCUGGACCCGCCCGAUCUCUCUAUGGACGAGCUGGCGGCAAAGAACGAACCCUACACUUGCCAAAAGCUGUCUAAACGAUCUAGCAAAGAUUGUGCUGGCAAAGAAGCAAAUGAAAGGCCAGGCAAGGCUUUACGACCAGAUUCUCUCAUCUCCCCCAGCAAUCAAAGGCCGAAGCUUAGGCGUGAGGAGUACCAUCAUAUGCAGGCAGAAUCCGACGACAAAACCCUUUCUGGUAAUCAAGCCUGUGUCUCGCUCACUCGAGUCAAGCCAAGAUCACAGUCACCGCUCAAUAAUCUGGGUGAUCUGAGUACUCGCAAGCUCCGUCAGAAGCUUAAUACAAGAGAAAAAUGA